AUGCACGCAUGAUACCGGAAGCGGAAGCGCCUAGGCAGUUCCGGCGGAAGUGGCCGUCGUCCGGGGAGACGCAGCGCUGUGGUGGAAAUGUGGCGGCUAGUGGUGCUGCUGCUGGCCGGGCUCGGCCGGGCCCUGCCGGAGGAUGAGGGGGUGGUGACGGAGCCGGGCGCCGGCGGUUCCGGGCCGAUCAGCGGCGAAGCUGUGCGGUACCGGACGGCGGAGAUGGCUGACGCGAUGCUGGGCAGCGGACCGCCGGGCCGGCCGCCCGUGAUGCUCUCGGCGGUGCCGGGAGAAGCGAGAGAAGGGCGGGAAGCGGAGGUUUGCGAGGCGGCGGCCGGUGGAGGGGAGUGCGGCGCUGGGAGCGGGCCCGGGGCUCCUCCCGCCCCGCCCGGAGCGGCCGUCGUGCUGGAGACUGUGCUGCCCGCGGGCGAGGAGCCCAACGGCACUGCCGAGAGCGUGAAGGCCCCCAAGGUGAGCUGCGAGGAGAGAAACGUUACCGGUAUCAGCAACUUCACGGUGCAGAUCCUGAACGUGUCCCAGGAUCUGAUGGAGUUCUUAAACCCUAACAGCAGUGACUGUACAUUGGUCCUGUUCUAUACGCCAUGGUGCCGCUUCUCUGUAAGCCUGGCACCUCAUUUCAAUUCCUUACCUCGAGCGUUUCCCAUUCUUCGCUUCCUGGCACUGGAUGCAUCACAGCACAGCAGCUUAUCAACUCGGUUUGGAACUGUAGCUGUCCCCAAUAUCCUCCUUUUCCAAGGUGCUAAACCUAUGGCUAGAUUUAAUCAUACAGACAGAACGCUGGAAACACUGAAAGACUUCAUUUUUAAUCAAACAGGCAUAGAGGCUAAAAAUGAUGUGACUGUGACAGAGGAAGACUGGAAGGGGCCUCUGCCCAGCGUUCUGACAAAAGGAGUAGACUGGCUGCUCGUGUUUUCCGUGCUCUUCCUGGCCAGCUUUAUCAUGUAUGCUACCGUUCGGACUGAGAGCAUUCGGUGGCUGAUCCCAGGGCAAGAGCAUGAACACCAGGAGUGAUUGGAGGUGCUGAAGCAGGGACACAGUUUGCAGUGUGUGAAGCGGGUUUCGUGUGGAGUGGAAGUACUUAAGAAUGAACCGUUGAAUUUGUUGGUUGUCAUUUAUAGUGUUGAUGGAAAACCAGCUUUGUUUACUAACUACUGAGUUUUUAUAAAGCGAACUGAGGCAAAAAAAAGUGGUGAGUAAACUACUGUGGAGAAACACGAACUGAAUAAGUAUUUAUUAAAGUGCUCUGACCUGUU